AUGAAAAGAUCGCUCUUGGGUCCUUGCAAAGCUGAGGUUGAAUCAACAACGGCUGAUGAGGCAACUGCAGCGAAAAGCCCUUCACCAAUGCUACGUGAGUGCAAUAUUUGCGGCAAGGUCUUCAGCAGCGGCAAGGCUUUGGGGGGUCACCGAAGAUCGCACUUUCAAAAGCACCAGAAGAAGGUAAAAGUCCGUUUCACCAAUCACUCGUCAAAAGCUGGUGAUAGCAGCAACAUUAAUAGGGCUAAUAAUUGUGAUUACGAUGCUGAUGAUGAUGGGAAACGCAUUUGUUGCAUUUGCAAGAAGGAAUUUCCCACCAAAAACGCAUUGUUUGGCCACAUGCGAUCUCACCCUGAGAGGUCAUGGAAGGGUGUGUCUCCUCCCACUCGUUCUCCCAAUAAGAACUCCUCAUCUUCUUCUCUCUCUUCUUACACUUUUUCUUCCCAAAAUUCUGAUUCUAUGGAGAAAAACAUGGAACAGUAUCGUGAUGAUGAUUAUGUUGAUUGUGUUGGUGGGGGUGGGGGUAAUAUUGUUAUUAUUGAUCUUUCAACUUUUACUUCACCCAGUUGGCUUAAGACUGAUGUGAGAGGCAGAAAGUGUAUUGGGGCUUAUGAGGCUGCUGAAACCCUCACUUACCUAAGUGCUUAUUCUAAGUACUUUUGCAGUGAGUCUAAUAGGGUUUCUCCCAAGAAGGAUGAAGUGCUGUCGAAAAGUGCUCCACCUCUAAUCAAGAAUGGCAAAAGGAAGGUUGGUGAAUCGUCAUCGAGCAAGAAACAUAAGGUGAAAAAGAUUAAGUUUUAUCUGAAUGGUGAAUUGAAGAUCGGAAAGAAAAAUGAUGGGGACGGUGAAUUUGAUGAUGAUAAGGGUGAGAAGCUGAAUAGGUGCAAGGGUUUAUCUAAAUCUGGGGUUGGAAGAAUUUUGUAUAUGGAUGAUGAGGUGGAAGAGGAGGAGGGUGUGGACGAGGCUUUCGACGAUGUGAUCACUGAGGUGGUUGCUCCUGCUAAGGUGCAAGAUCACGUUGAUGAAAGGAAGGUGAAGAGGGUGGUGGACCAUAAAGGGAAGAACAGUAAGAAACUGGUGAUGAAAUUUAAGGCAAAAGACACAGAAUAUGAGAAUGGAGGUCAAGAGAAAGAGAAAGUGGGUGGGUAUAAAUGUGGAGCUUGUGGGAAAAAAUUUUCAACUUUCCAAGGCUUGGGAGGGCACAGAUCAGUGCACAAGGAGAAGAACACUGAGAUCAUGGACGAGUCGAACCGCUCCAAAGCUGUUGUUGCUGAUCAAGAAGACAAUUCUUCCAGCUCUAGUAACAUGCACAAGGUGGAUGAGGCCACAAUGAAUGAAGCACCAUUACCAACAGACGAGACAACAGCGAAUGAAAAGGCACCAUUGCUGGCAGAUGAGGCAUGUCAAUCUUCUCCAUGUACCAAGAAAUUGGAUUUUGAUCUGAAUGAGCUGCCUUGUGGUAUGAAGGAUUAA